GCACCAUGAGCAGGGACACCCGGAGCCAAUCAGACGUCUCAAAGCAGCUCAUUGAGAAAGAUGGAUCUUUCAAGCGGCCAGACAGUGUCUUCCGCAACUGGGUCGAGAAAGGUGGCAAGUUUGCGCCUGAGGCAGGGCGCUACCAUCUCUAUGUGGCAUAUGUGUGUCCAUGGGCGACAAGAACACUUAUCGUCCGAAAGCUGAAGGGCCUCCAUAAUAUCGUUAGCGUGACUGUGGCGUCCUCUCGCAUGGAUGAGCAUGGGUGGCCCUUCGCCAACGUCGAUAAGCUCCCUGGUGCCGAGGAAGAUCCUUUCUACGGAUCCGAACACAUCAAGGACCUCUACCUCAGGGUAGAUCCCGAUUAUACUGGCCGGUUUACCGUCCCGAUUUUGUGGGACAAGAAACUCGAGACCAUCGUAAAUAACGAGAGCUCUGAAAUCAUUCGCAUCCUGAACAAUGCAUUCAACGACCUCCUUCCGGCAGACAAGGCUGCGCUGGAUCUCUACCCGGCGAAUCUGCGUCCGGAGAUCGACGAGGUCAACGAUUGGGUCUAUCACACCGUGAAUAACGGAGUAUACAAAGCCGGUUUCGCCAAAACCCAGGACGCGUAUGAAGCGGCAGUGAAGCCGCUCUUUGCGUCGCUCGACAGGCUGGAGAAGAUGCUCGACGGGAAGGACUACCUGAUCGGUGGGCAGCUGACCGAAGCUGAUGUCCGCUUAUUCGUGACUAUCAUCCGGUUCGACGUUGCGUACUUCGGUGUGUUCAAGUGCAACGUCCGAAGCAUCCGCCAUGACUACCCGGCACUGCACAAAUGGGUUCGGAAGCUGUAUUGGAAUCAUGACCCGUUCAAGUCUACAGCCAACUUCGACCACAUCAAAGCCGGGUACUACUCCAACAAAGGGGUCAAUCCCGCUGGGGUUGUGCCUGUUGGGCCCCUUCCGCCGAUCGAGCCGUUGUAA